GUAAAAUGGGCUAAAUUAUAAUGUAUUUCAAUUACUAUAGGCCCAAUUAUAUCAGCCCAUAUUCGGGCCCAAACUUGGACAUUUUUUGUUUCUGAUUAGAGAGUGCUAAAGAUCUGUCCUCUCCUCUUGUUCGCUCCCAAAGUCAACAUCUUCCAUCGGCCAUGUUUCUCCGGCACUUUAAACAGUUCAACCUCUUCUGGUCAACCACACUCGUAUUCUCUUUAUGCUUUCUCUAUUUCAUCGCAAACUCCAUCUCCACCCGAACACCAUGCUCGGAAAGUGACGCCUACCACAAGCUCAACGUCGUCCUCAACCGCGACGGCACUCUCACCCGCUUGAAUCUCCUUCCUGUAAGCCCUCCCUCGCCCAAUCCCAACCUCCCCGUCUCCGUUCUUUCCAAAGACCUCCCCAUUAAUCCUUCCAAACAAACAUGGGCUCGCAUUUUCCUGCCCCGCAAUGCCCUCUCCUCCCACAAGAAGCUGCCCCUCGUAGUCUUCUUCCACGGCGGCGGCUUCGUCAUCCUCAGUGCCGCCACCACCAUGUUUCACGAUUUCUGCUUCAACAUGGCCGAAGACCUCGGCGUCGUCGUCGUUUCCGUCCAGUACCGCCUUGCUCCGGAGCAUCGCUUGCCGGCGGCGUACGAGGAUGCCAUGGAGGCUCUGCAUCGGAUCAAAACGCGUCCUGAUGUUUGGUUGAGACAGCACGCCGAUUAUUCUGAAUGUUAUAUUAUGGGAGGCAGCGCAGGGGGAAACAUUGCGUACUACGCGGGACUACGUGCGGCCGAGCAGGUGAAGCAGCUUGGGCCGUUGAAGAUAAGAGGGUUGAUAUUGGUUCAACCGUUCUUCGGUGGGACCCAGAGAACCAGAUCGGAAGUGCGGCUGAUGAACAACGAGCACCUGCCGCUGUGCGAGACGGACCUGCUGUGGAAGUUGUCGUUGCCGGUGGGAGUUGACCGUGACCAUGAGUAUUGCGAUCCGAUGGCCGGAGAGGGACCGGAGAGAGCAGAGAAGAUCGGGGUUGGAGGAUGGCGAGUGUUGGUGACGGGGAGCGGGGGGGACACGCUGGUGGAUCGACAGAAGGAGUUAGUGAAGAUGAUGGAGGAGAGGAAAGUGAAGGUGGUGGGCCACUUCACAGAAGGAGGAUUCCACGGCAUUCAAAAUGUUGAUCUCCAGAACGCUAAGGAGCUCUAUGCGGUGAUGAAGAAAUUCAUCUCUUCUUGAUAGAGUAUGAAACGACGUCGUUGUUUUCGGAUGUAUGUCAUCAAGCAUUGAUCGAUUCAGUUCUGAUUAUAAUGAUUUUGCAUCUUAAGAUUGAAUCAUAAACUUUCUCAAAUGAAGAAA